AUGGAUAUGACAACAAUAUUAGAUGCAGAACGCAGAACAUCCGAAAGGCUUCUGCAUUUUAUUCGCAUGAUUCAGUGCAAGAAUAUCUGCCCCAUAUGUAAUCUUCAAUUUUUUACAAAAACGGAUUUGAAUCAACAUGUAAAUGAAAACCAUGCCAGGACGUUUUUCACCUGCGAUUGCUGCAACGUAAUCUGCGCUACUUGGCUAAGAUAUCUGCAACAUAAUAAUUAUGUUCACAGGCACAUAGUAUUUUGUCCUUAUUGCUAUAAAGCGCAUACGAAUUAUUGGAGACUGAAAUUGCAUUGGAGAAUGCACGAGCCAUUCGAGUGCGAAUUAUGUUACAACACGUUUAAAACACUAUCAAAUUUAAGGGAUCAUCACCUCUCGCUGCAUCAUGAAGUGUCAUUCGAUUUACCGUAUCUUCCACCACAACGAGCUCCAAUACAAAGAGAAGAAUAA